CAAGUGGUUUGCAAACCACAUUAGAUGCCUAAAAUGCUGGAUAUAUAUCACUCUCCGCUCUUCACAUAUCACUCUCGGUCACAACGCAAUCUUCUUUGCUCUUUCAGAGUCGAGUAGUCAUAUAUAUUUCUAUCCUCAUUACUUUCAAUAGCACACACUUCGCUAUCUGCUUCCUCCGGAUCGAGAUAAUUUUCUAUCCCAUCUUUAUCCCAUUUUUAUCACAGAGCAUACUAUAUUUCAUCUUUGCUCCCGUACAUAUCUGGUCACUAUUAGCAGACAUACCACAUACACUUUCAACACUUUUCUGCAUUUUAGCAUCAAUAUUCUUUAGCAAACGAUCCCUACCACUAUAUAUACGUACUUAACUAUAAUCAUCAACCCUUACAACAAACAUCCAUCAUGGUCAAGCAUUCAAGAAAUCAAAGACAAACUGCUAGCAAGCCGAAGCAGAGGACAAAAGAGUCUGGUAGUGAGAGAACCUCUCAUGAACCCACCGCGCAUCUGGGCAGCAACGAUGACCAGGGACAAGAUGUUAAUACUAUCACGCAUUCUGAAGCAAGACUCAUAUCUCACGAGCAGAUCGAUGAAGGGGUUCAAGAAUUCGGCGCUGAUUCCAUGAUGGUUGCCGACAGAAGCAUCGAGGUUGAAGUCGCCUCCAGUCCUCAUGAAUGGGGUUCUAAUGAGGCCAAUCUUCAUCUCGAAGCACCAGCGCAAGUACUUCAGGGACCAGUCGACGGUCCGUUAUCUGCGAGUGAUUUUAAUAACGAUCUUAUCGAAUUCCGUCAUAUAGGUGCUCAUGUCCCUAAUCCCACUCACUUCGACACCCGAUUCACCAGGCACACUUUACCACAAUGGUCAUGGGAAGCUCCUGUCACUACCCCUCAGACCAUUGCACUCUCUACAUCAUCAUCAUAUAAUGCUUCGACUGCGGCGAUUGCUUACCAGAGUCCCUAUGAUUCCCCAGUCACGGAAGUUUAUAGCCGCCCUACUGCUACCACUCUCGAUACCCUUCCGGCGACAACUCAAUACCAGCUGGAAAGAUGGGUGUAUGAGAAUGACCAUGAUGAGGUGACGCCUACCGAUCGAAUGGAAGGAUAUAACUAUAAUGUCUAG